UGAAAUGUGAAGAUGUGUGCAUGGGAGGGACAGGUCUGUCUGUACACCACAAAGCUCCAAGCACCUCCCCCGACCCUUUCUCUAUAUUGGAGCGCGUGUGCGGUCAUAAUUAGGAAGUGGUAAAGCUUCUGCUGAGCUGUGUUAGACUGAGGCAGCCUGGUCCCGAGGAGAGCAAGCUGCAAGAAUGUUGGCUGAUUUUGCACCGUUGGCGCUGAUCACUAUAUUGGCUGUACUGGAGCAAGCUUACUUUUCACUUCAAGUGAUCUACGCGAGAAGAAGAUUUCACAUCGCACCGCCCGCAGUCAGUGGCAAUGAGAACUUUGAGAGGGUGUACAGAGCACAUCUUAAUUCCUCAGAGUAUUUCCCAAUGUUCCUAAGCGUGUUCUGGAUUGCUGGCGUGUUCUUCAGUCAGGUAUUGGUAGUGUGCAUUGGAGCUCUGUAUUUGUAUGGGAGGUACAAGUACUUCAAAGGGUACUCCGAAUCAGCACUAAAAAGGCUGCGUCCAAUGUACUUCAGUGCCACCAUACUCUGGAUUCUGAUAUUCUUUGCUUCACUUGGAGUCCUCAGCCAGAUGUUCUCUCAGUAUCUCGGUUAUAAUCCCUUGACUGCUAAAGAAGAGCAGCCGCCUUGUUGCCUGUGCGAUAUGAACCACAUCUCACCAGGGCAAAGUGUUCACAGGUUCCAAAAGAUCAGGCCAGCAGGACUGAAUGGAACAGUUAUCCCACAACUUGAAGCAGUUCUACUGGCGUAUUAAGACCUUCUGUGAACAACACCCACUACCUUGUAGAUCAAAAUUUAGGCCCAGGAAGUGUCGUCCGCGCUGCCAUGCCCCUGUAUCUUCAUUUUACUUGUUAGACUA